AUGAACUUUGAUAUCCAUUCGUAUGAGUUAAAAACAUGUUCACUGCAUACGUACGAGCAGUCAUCUCUCAAGGGUGGUAGGCUACAAUUUACAAAACCUCCGUUGCUUCGGGUUGAUCCGCUUCAGCGAUGUGCUGUGAUGCUUGUUUACGAUAAGUUUCUUGCAGUUUUGCCCUUCCGACGGGCGGACGCUCUCACAUCAACAGAACAACUUAGCGAACCUCAAUUUGCUCCAACAGUGGAUGCUGCUUGGCAGAAUAAGGCUACAGCGCCUAUUUUAUCAUCAUUUACUACGUUUCUCAGCACAUCAACUGGCGAACGCAUAAACAACGUAAUUGAUAUGCAGUUCCUUUAUGGAUUUUAUGAACCAACUCUAUUCGUGCUGUAUGAGCCUGUUGGAACAUGGGCCGGUCGUGUAUCAGCUCGACGUGACACCUGUUGUAUAGUCGCAUUAUCGCUCAAUCUUCAAAAGCGGACCAACCCUGUCAUCUGGUUUCAGGAACUGCUGCCAUAUGAUUGUCACACAGUUUUACCAAUCCCAAUGCCUGUUGGAGGUGUUGUCAUAAUUGCCACGAAUUCCAUUAUAUACCUGAAACAAACUCUCCCAUCUCGGGGUCUUCCUUUGAACUGCUAUGCUAAGGCGUCAACAAAUUUUCCACUCCGCCAGGAUGUACCUUCUUGUGGUCCCCUUUCUCUGGACGCUUGCCACGCUGCUUUACUGUCACCUUCUGAAAUCCUCAUUAUCUCCAGGACUGGCACAUUCUACAUCCUCACUUUGUUGAUUGAAAAGGCCACGCACACUGUUACCAAACUAAUCCUCUCCCAAUCGGGCACAUAUUUGCCGGCGGAAACAAUUACGGUUAUGGAUGACAAUCAUCUCUUUGUCGGAUCCUGCCUAUCCGACUCAAUGCUUAUGAAGUAUCGUCUCACCUCGACGUCUUUAUCAGAUUCACUGCAACUCAUCACCAGUUUUAAUGUCAACGAGCAAGACAAAGGCUGCAUUCAAGAGGCAAAAAGCCCUCAGAGCAAAAGGUCCCGUCUAUCACCUGAGUCAGAAAUCUCGGCUGCAGCGAACGGUACCCCUGCUUCAGGUGAAACAGAUGCGGAAUUGUACGGACCCUCUUUACCAGCACUAUCAACUCAACCAGUUGUCAUUGUUGAAUACAUUUUCGAGCCGCUAGACACCCUGCGGAACAUCGGGCCAAUGUCUGCCAUCACAGCCGGCGAGGUGCCGUGUCUGGCGACUGGGCACACCGACCCAACUGACGAGUCCCUGCUCCAGGCCCAGACGGAGCUCGCGCACACCGAACUCAUCGCCUGCGUGGCCCGCAGAACCGGCUGCGGCUCGGGCAUCGUGCAGCUGCACCGCAGUGUCCGCGCCCAGGGCCUGACCGCAUUUGAGCUGCCCGAGUACAACAGUCUGUGGUCGCUGUACGGCCCGCCCGUUGGCACCUUCACCAGGUCGAAGGAGGACGAGGUGAAGAGGGAGGCGGCGGCGGCGACGGCGGAGGAGGGGGAUGGGGAGCUGGAGAAGUCGGGUGCAGAUGAGGGGCAGGGCGAGAACGAGUCGGAGGCGCAGGGCGACCCUACUUCCACAACAGAGGCGGGCGGUGCAGCCGAAUCUGCGGAGGUAAAACCAUCGCCUGAAAUCGACCAACCGCCUACUCCCGAACAGCUCGACGCAAGUGGGCAGUCAUUGGCUGACGGGGAGAACAUCAAUGAAGAGAAUGAAGUCACCACUACUGAGGUGACAGCGGCAACGCCUCCAAGUACCCAUCCUGUUCACAGUUAUCUCCUACUAACUCGUGAAGAUUCGUCCAUGAUACUUGAGGUGGGCGAUGAGAUUGUGGAAUUGGAGGUGAGUGGAUUUAAAACCACGGAAACCACCGUGGUAGCUGCUAACCUCGGUGUUCACUUGAUGCGCGACUCUCAAAACCACGAACUCCCGUCUGUCAGUGAACCCGGCGACAAGGAAUUGACCGUCGGCCGAGAUUACCCCUAUAUCAUUCAGGUUUCACCAACGUCUUUGAGGCUGCUCAAUGGACCCCACUUGCUCGAAGACCUACACCUGACUAGCGAGUCGCGAAUCUGUCUCGCCAGUGUCGCAGAUCCCUACGUUCUCGUUGGCACCGAAGACGACGAUCUUAUUCUCUUCGCCCUGCACUCCGCUCCCGUGGAGGAGCAAGAUUCAAGAAAGUUGAACCCAGAAAGAGGGGACGCGUCGUUGCCUCACCCCUUCACCGACCCCGACCCAGUUGGCUUCCUCAAGUCGACUUCCGAGCGCCUCCCUUUUUCCCGCUACCUCAGCCUUAGUCGACCCAAGGUCUCUCAAAUUGCCCCGCCUGUGUGCUUCUGUCUGUACUAUGACGAGGCGGGCAGAUUAUCCCAAUGGCUUAACUCUAGUGUCAGUCCAGCCCUCCUAUGGCAUACCCCUCGAAACGCCGUUGAGAAGGACAAAAGUGUCAAUGCAGACGGAUCGAGUCAACAGUUGAGCGCUCUAGACGAGGAGGACAUUCUACUGUACGGUGAAAUAGUCGAUAUUUGUAAGAAGGAGAGACCCACCGUUCAGCCUGCGCUCCUAGAUAGCGUGCAACCUCCGAUUGACUCAAUGAUGGAGUGCUUAGCAUCGAAGGAAACAACCUCCGCUUACUUCGCCUUCGUUGUCUUCUCCAAUGGCGUCCUCGAAAUCUACAGUUUACCGGAGUUCACGUGUCUGUACGAGGUGCGUCAGUUCACGGAGCUUCCGGGCCUGCUCUGCGAUUGCCGAGGUCUACCCGAGCCCGACAGGAGAACCAAGCCAACCAGCAUGAAGCAACGGCAGCUAGGCCAAACUCACUGUUUUUCCCUCUUUGUGCACGUUAAAAGCCUGAUGUCGGAGAAUGACGAUAUGCCCGCCGCCGUACGUGAAAUCUCCGUCUUUCCGAUUGACAGGGACGGGCACCGACCGGUCCUCUUCGUAAGUCUCCUUUGUCCUGUGCUUUGUUUGCCAUCACGUCGUCUACAAUUUUCUUCGGUUCGCCUUUCUGAUUGGUCGGGACAACUCAACCCGCUUUGUCUUUGUCACGCACAGGUGCGCACUGCGCGAGAGGUCGUCUGCUACGAAGCUCUAUGCGCAUUUCCAGACGAGGCGGUGCCCCUGACGCCCACCACCCUCCCAGUAGGCGGACAGGUGCCUUCGGCCGACUCCCGGUGUCCGCUUCGGUGGCGACGUCUACCUGUCUCGUGCCCCCUUCUGGCACCGGGCAGACUCCGCUCGGAUCCCCGCGUUGCGGACAUCCAGUCAAAGUUGGUUAACAAGAUGAAUAUACUGCGCCCGUUCGAGGAGAUCGGUGGUCAUCGGGGCAUCUUUGUCUGUGGAAGCCAGCCCGUUUGGAUGUUCUGCAGCCGUCUCGGUCACAUCCGGGUGUAUCCCCACACUAUCGACGGAGUGAUGACUAGCUUCGCGCCCCUCAACAUCUCCUCCUGCCCCGACGGAUUUGUCUACUUCACUCACGCCAACGAAAUGAAGCUCGCAACUCUGCCACCAGGCUACUCAUACGAAGGCGAGGUCGGCAUAAGCACUAUUCCCCUUGACGCCUGCCCCCGCUUUCUACAGUACCAUCUGGAAAGCAAGACGUACAUAGUUGUCUCGAGUACGGAGACGCCGUGCCACACGAUUGUGCGUUUGAACGCGGACGGCAACAAGGAGGAGGAGUUGGUCGAUCGCCCGGAGACCUGCGUCUUCCCCAGCCUCGACAUCUACAAGAUGCAGGUGAUUGCACCUCUGCCGUCGUCGCGGCCCAACGAUCCACCUCGCUUUGAAGUGGUACCCAAUUCUGUCAUCGAGUUUGAGCCAUUUGAGGAGGUCACGUGCCUGGUUACUGCCCAGCUCUCCUCUGAUUUGACAUUCAACGAGAGUAAGGACUAUCUGGCGCUGGGCAGCAAUCUCUCCUACGGCGAGGAGAUCCCCGUGCGUGGUCGCAUUGUCCUAGUCGACAUAAUCGAGGUCGUGCCUGAACCUGGGUUGCCACUUACCCGGCACAAAGUGAAGACCGUCUACGAUGGCGACCAGAAGGGUCCAGUCACCGCGCUGGCGAGCUGCCAAGGCUACCUCAUCAGCGCCGUUGGCCAGAAGAUCUACAUUUGGGCUCUGAAGGGCGGGGACCUGGAAGGUGUGGCGUUCGUCGACACGGACCUCUACAUUCAUUCUCUGGUCUGUGUGAAGAAUCUCAUUCUAGCUGCGGAUGUUCUCAAGUCCAUCCAGUUGCUGCGAUUUCAGUCAAGUAUGCGCGUCCUCUCACUGGUCUCCAGAGACAGUGCCCUGCGCGAGGUGUUUGCAGCCAAUUUCUUCGUCGACGGCAUCAAACUCGGUUUCCUAAUAACUGACAACUUCGGCAACCUGCUGGUGUACAGCUACGAUCCAGAGGAGCCGGCGAGUUGCUCUGGGCGCCGUCUUGUUCGCCGAGCCGACAUGCGCCUUCCAUCAGUCGCCACCACUUCCUUGCGCGUGAGCAACCGCUUUCGACACCCCCUACUCUCCACCAAAGCCCUGCAAGCCGAAGUUAAUGAGCUCCGACGCGCCACUGGCGGUAAACUGAUGCCUCCAGUAGCUGGAUCGAGCCUUUUGGCCACAUUGGAGUACGAGCGAUCUCGGCAUUCGGUUUACUUUGGUACUAGGACCGGUGCCAUUUACCUUAUAACACCGAUCCGCGACAAAAUGUUCAGCCGACUGCGAAUAGUAGAGAAGAAUUUGGUCCAGUGUUCUGGCUGUUUAGCUGGACUCAUUCCGCGUGUUUGCCGGCAAUAUAAUCAGCCCUUCCCGGAGCUCAGCAACUCGUGCGGAAAUGUUGCCGAUGGCGAUUUAAUCCUGCGGUAUCUCUUGUUACCUCACGGACAGCGUCUUGAAGUGGCAAAAAAAUCGGGACAAAGUCUCGAAUCGGUGGGUGUCGAGGAUUCAUCGCCUCCUAAUUGCACUAAAUUGCCAUUAAACCCUUGCUUUCCGACGGUUGUCACUCUACGGCGUAGUCCAGGACUAAUUGGUGACAUCAUUAACCCUUAA